AUGCCUUUCUCGCGCUCAAUCACCGUUGUCGGGUGCCAUUCCGAAGGCGAGGUAGGCGAUGUCAUUACCGGGGGAGUUCUAGACGUUCCAGGCAAUACGAUGUACGACAAGCUCAUUCACAUUUCGACAAAAAAAGAUCACAUCCGCCAAUUACUGCUGAAUAAGCCCCGAGGCCGCGCUUCGAUGAACACCAAUCUUAUUCUGCCGCCCUGUGACCCCCGCGCGGAUGCCGGCUUCUUGAUCAUGGAAAGCGAGGAGUAUGCACCCAUGUCAGGAUCAAACACAAUCUGUACCACCACUGUAUUAUUGGAAACUGGAAUGAUCCCAAUGAAAGAGCCCAUCACCGAGGUGACUUUGGAUACUGCUGCCGGCCUAGUCUCCGUGACUGCCGAGUGCGAAGCAGGAAAGUGCAAGAGCGUGGAGUUUAGCAAUGUCCCUGCUUUUGUCCUUCAGCUCGAUUUUAAAGUUAUGGUCCCCGGACUCGGUGAAGUCUCGGUCGACAUAGCAUAUGGCGGAAUGAUGUAUGUUCUAGUCGAGGCGGCUUCGUUCGGGUUGGCAGUCAGCAAUGAGCAUUCUCGUCAACUAGUCGAGAUUGGAGAGCGAAUCAAACGGGCGGUGGAGAUGGCUUAUACUCCCAUUCACCCCGAGAACCCCGGCAUCAAGGGAUUCAGUGUGAUAGAAUUUACCGAGCCUUUGCAAAUCGAAGACGGCUGCAUGGCCGCAAGUAAUGCAGUGGUUGUCUCUCCUGGGCGAUUUGAUCGUAGCCCUUGCGGCACAGGAACAUGUGCCCGACUGGCGGUGAUGCAUGCCCGAGGUGAAAUCAAAGAGGGAGAGAUCUUCAAGCACAGAAGCAUCAUUGGCACUGAAUUUGUCAGUCGAAUCCGUGGAAUAACCGAAGUUGGCAACUAUCCCGCUGUCCUACCCGCGGUGAAAGGUAGAGCUUGGAUCACCAGUUUCAAGCAAGUGGUUCUUGAUUCGACAGACCCCUUUCCCGAGGGCUUCAGAGUUGGCGACCAGUGGCACAUGCCUCCGAACUAG